GCGGCCGAGCGCCAAGACCCCAGUACUGCGCCUGCGCCUCGCGCCUCUACGCAUGCGUGGCGCGGCCCAGCGUCCUCUGGCGCUUAGAAGAUGGCGGCUUCCGCGGUUUGCCGGGCAGCUGGCGCCGGGACGCGAGUGCUGCUGCGCACCCGCCGCUCGCCGGCCCUGCUGAGGUCGUCUGACUUGAGGGGCACCGCCACCUACGCCCAGGCCCUCCAGAGCGUGCCAGAGACGCAGGUCAGCCAGCUGGACAACGGGCUGCGAGUGGCCUCGGAGCAGUCUUCUCAGCCUACCUGCACGGUGGGGGUAUGGAUUGAUGCCGGCAGCCGUUACGAGACUGAGAAGAACAACGGGGCCGGCUACUUUGUGGAGCAUCUGGCUUUCAAGGGAACAAAGAAUCGGCCUGGCAAUGCCUUGGAGAAGGAGGUGGAGAGCAUGGGGGCCCAUCUUAAUGCCUACAGCACCCGGGAGCACACGGCUUACUACAUUAAGGCGUUAUCAAAGGACCUGCCAAAAGCUGUAGAGCUCCUGGCCGAUAUCGUGCAGAACUGCAGCCUCGAGGACUCCCAGAUUGAGAAGGAGCGGGAUGUGAUCCUGCAGGAGCUGCAGGAGAAUGACACGUCCAUGCGGGACGUGGUCUUCAACUACCUGCACGCCACAGCCUUCCAGGGCACACCUCUAGCCCAGUCCGUGGAGGGACCCAGUGAGAAUGUCAGGAAGCUGUCGCAGGCAGACCUGACCGAGUACCUCAGCCGGCAUUACAAGGCUCCCCGAAUGGUGUUAGCAGCAGCUGGAGGGCUGGAGCACCGGCAGCUGCUCGACCUUGCCCAGAAGCACUUCAGCGGGCUCUCCGGGACAUACGACGAGGACGCUGUGCCCACCCUCAGUCCGUGCCGCUUCACUGGCAGUGAGAUCCGCCACCGUGAGGACGGCCUGCCUCUGGCCCACGUGGCCAUCGCAGUGGAGGGGCCUGGCUGGGCCCACCCGGACAACGUGGCCCUCCAGGUGGCCAACGCCGUCAUCGGCCACUACGACUGCACCUACGGUGGCGGCGCACACCUGUCCAGCCCAUUGGCUUCCAUCGCUGCGACCAACAAGCUGUGCCAGAGUUUCCAGACCUUCAACAUCUGCUACGCAGACACUGGGCUGUUGGGCGCGCACUUCGUCUGCGACCACAUGAGCAUCGACGACAUGAUGUUCGUCCUGCAGGGCCAGUGGAUGCGCCUGUGCACCAGCGCCACAGAGAGUGAGGUGGUCCGGGGCAAAAACCUCCUCCGAAACGCUCUGGUGUCUCAUCUGGAUGGCACCACUCCCGUGUGUGAGGACAUCGGACGCAGUCUCCUUACGUACGGCCGCCGCAUUCCCCUGGCCGAGUGGGAAAGCCGGAUUGCGGAGGUGGACGCCAGGGUGGUGCGUGAGGUCUGCUCCAAGUAUUUCUACGACCAGUGCCCGGCAGUGGCUGGAUUCGGCCCCAUUGAACAGCUUCCAGAUUAUAACCGGAUCCGUAGUGGCAUGUUCUGGCUGCGCUUCUAGGCAGGAAGCCUGUGCUUCUAGGCAGGAAGCCUGUGCUUCUAGGCAGGAAGCCUGUGCAGGCAAGAGGGCAGGGCCAGGAUUCGCGGUCCCCCCACGACAAACACACCACCUCGGUCCUUCAGACCUGUGCUGCUGCUGACCCACCAACCAAUAAAGUCUUGCAUCGAGAA